AUGGCGCUGGUGCCCGCCGAAAGUUCGUUUCUUUCCUCCCUCAAUGUGGACCGUAAAAGAGCACUGGACAGACAGAAGAAACGAGAGGAGCUACUAGUUGAUACAGAAGGUGGCACCAAGAUUCUUGGACUGCACCAGGACCUACAGGCCCUUGUGGACGUGCUCGAUGAGCGAGUCGAGAGUAAGCUCAGCGCCAAUGAGAAGGCAUACUUCGUGGCUUACAAGAGCUUCAUGUUCACCGUCCAAAGAGAGUACAAGGAGCUGAAGCAGAAGGCAGACGAAGAGGAGACAAAAACCAGGAGGGAUGCGAAGAUCCAGUCCCUGGAGAAGGAGCUUGACUGGUUCAUGAACGAGGCCUUGCGCUUGGAUGAGCUGGUCAAGAAGUACAAAAAGGUUCUGGGCAUGUUGGAUCCUUGA